AUGGCAGACACCAUGUUGCUCUCAUCAGCCGUUCGCCUGCCCACCCCACCUCCAGGCGGUUCCUACUCUCCAGGCCCUUCGACGACCAGGAAGAGGUCUCCCCCAUCUCGGUCGCCUUCGCCCAAGCGUCGUCGACCGGCGCCUGGCCCCGCGGACGGAGGGGAAAGAAGAAGGAAUGGCUCAGAACCGGACCGUGAAAUCGACGAGCGGGAACAACAACUACUCGCCAGGUUCAAACCGAAGGAGACCGAAGAUACGAGACGGAAGCCGUUGACCGCCGAAGAGAAGCAGGCUGCCGCAAAGGCAGAGUACGAGAAACUGCUCACAAUGCGAUCAGGCGGUACCUACAUCCCACCCGCGAAAUUGCGAGCUCUACAGUCCCAGAUCACAGACAAGACGAGCAAAGAAUAUCAGCGAAUGGCGUGGGAGGCUCUGAAGAAGUCUAUCAAUGGCCUCAUCAACAAGGUUAAUGUGUCGAAUAUUAAACACAUUGUUCCAGAGCUGUUUGGCGAGAACCUGGUCCGAGGUCGAGGACUGUUCUGUCGGAGUAUCAUGAAAGCCCAGGCGGCUUCUCUCCCUUUCACCCCGAUCUAUGCAGCGAUGGCUGCAAUUGUCAACACAAAAUUGCCGCAAGUGGGAGAGCUGCUGCUGCAUCGACUGGUAGUCCAGUUCCGGAAGGCCUUCAGACGAAAUGACAAAGCGGUCUGCUUGUCCUCCACGACAUUUAUUGCUCACCUGUGCAAUCAGCAAGUCGCUCACGAAACUGUAGCCGCCCAGCUCCUUCUACGGCUCCUCCAUAAACCGUCAGACGACUCGGUAGAAAUUGCGGUCGGGUUGACAAGAGAAGUUGGCCAGCAUCUGGAAGAGAUGAGUCCACCGAUAGCCUUGAUUGUCUUCGAUCAGUUCCGCAGUAUUCUUCACGAAGCCGAUAUCGACAAACGGGUGCAAUAUAUGAUCGAAGUGCUCUUCCAGGUCAGAAAGGAUCGAUACAAAGACAAUCCCGCCAUUCGAGAAGAGCUCGAUCUGGUGGAAGAAGAAGAUCAAAUCACCCAUCAAGUCGACGUGGACGACGACCUCGACGUUCAAGACACUUUGAACAUUUUCAAGUUUGACCCUGAGUGGGAAGAACACGAAGAAGCGUACAGGAAGCUCAAAGCCGAGAUUCUGGGCGAGGACAGCGAUGCCGACGACGACGACGGCAGCGGUACCGAAGAAAGCUCCGACGACGAAGAAGCCGAGCAAGAACGGGCUGUGGAAAUCAAGGAUCAGACAAACACCGACUUGGUUAACUUACGAAGAACUAUCUAUCUAACAAUUAUGUCGAGUUUGGACUUCGAAGAAGCAUGUCACAAAUUGAUGAAAAUUCAACUUCCUGCGGGUCAGGAACCGGAGUUGCCUUCCAUGAUCGUGGAAUGCUGCUCUCAGGAGAAGACGUACUCGAAGUUCUUCGGCCUUGUGGGUGAAAGAUUCGCCAAGCUGAAUCGCCUUUGGACGGAUCUGUUCGAACAAUCCUUCGCUCAUUACUACGACACAAUCCACCGCUACGAAACAAACCGGCUACGCAACAUUGCGCGUUUCUUCGGACACUUAUUGGCUACCGAUGCCAUUGGCUGGCACGUCUUCUCUGUCGUCCAUCUCAAUGAGGAAGAAACCACCUCUAGCAGUCGCAUCUUCAUCAAAAUCCUGUUCCAAGAUCUCGCCGAGGCAUUGGGCAUCCCCAAACUACAGGGACGCUUCAAAGACGAUAUUCUUCGGGGAAGCUUCACAGGCUUGUUCCCAACCGAUACACCGCGCAACACUCGCUUCUCGAUCAAUUACUUCACCAGUAUCGGUAUGGGUGCUCUGACAGAGGAAAUGCGUGAACACCUCAAGAACCUCCCCAAACCAGAGGUUCCUGCUUUGCCACCAUUAUACGACGAGCAGGUCUUCUUCGAGAUCGAGGAGCACUUCAAAGGACAGAGAGGGGAGGCGGAGAUCUUUAAGUCCUCGGCCUAA